AUGCACUCGGUCAAGGUCCUACAAACACGCGUUAACGAUUUGGAGAAGCAAUGUGCUGAAUCUGAAGCGGCAACUGAAAGUCUUCGUCAAUAUUCUCGCCGAGACACGCUUGAGAUUCAUGGCAUACCACUUAUCGAAGGAGAAAUUACUAAUGCCAUUGUAGUCGAAGUUGCUAAAUUGGCCGUUCCGGAUCGUGAUUUUAGCGAAGCAAUGCUGUCAACAAGCCAUCGCCUACCCACCAGAAGCGGAAAUAUACCACCUAUAAUUGCUAAAUUUAUUCAACGUGAUGUACGUGAUGUGGUUUAUAGAAACCGGAAAAAAUCAACUGAAAAUCUUGGUUACGAAACUCACAAUAACAUUUAUAUUAACGAGAGCUUAACUGUUAAAAGUCGUGCUAUAUUCACUGAAGCUAAGAAAUUUCAAAAUGAGCGUAACUUUAAAUUCAUCUGGACUAAAAAUGGUCAUGUACAUCUCAAGAAGAAUGAUAGUCAAACCUCAAGAUCCAAUGUAUUUAAAUCAAUGCAGGAAUUUAAAGACUUUGAACGUGGUUUCCAUUGUCAGCGUGAUCAACGCAGUCCCAUCUCAUGA